AAUUUCGCACAGAAAGCAAUAUGAGUAUUACAAAAAGACUGGUGCUAUCUUCCAUCUUCAAAAGACAGCUGCAUGUCAUCUCAAGAUCCAAAACCACCAUCAAACCAUCUUUCCCAACCAAAUCAUCGCUGAAAGACUAUAAUCUUCCCUUAUAUGAUUGCCUUGUGCCCGAUCUUUAUGUUCCUAUGUUAUUCUUUUAUCCUCACGGUAAAACACCAAAAUUAAAAGCUUAUAAUACAACAAGUACUACAACAAUAUCAAAUUUACUUCAGUGCUCCUUAUCCGAAGCACUGUCCAAGUACUAUCCAUUCGCCGGGAGGCUAAUAUCUGCCUCCCGAGUUGAUUGCAGCGACCAAGGUGUUGAUUUCUUUGAGACCCGAAUAGGGUGCAAGUUAUCCGAGAUCCAUGAAAAAUCUCUGGUCAAGGGAGACGAAUAUUCAGCCCAUCUCUUCCCACCAGGCUCUAUCUGGGGUAAGGUCAUUGAUCAAGAUUCGAGUUUAGUGCGUGUUCAACUUAAUCAUUUCGACUGUGGAGGCAUAGCUAUAGCAGCCAGCGUGUCGCACAGGCUCGGCGAUGCGGCUACUGUGUGCUCGUUUCUUUGUUACUGGGCCAAUUUGUCACGCCACUCAGGUGAUCACCAGAAAUCUUCACAUUUUGGUCCUCAUUUCGCGUACGAGCUGCAGUACCAUGAUUCGGUUAAACCUGAAGUCAUGUGUCCCGAAAAGUAUUGGGUCACUAAGGAGAUAGUGUUUCUCAACACGAAGAUUGCAAAGCUGAAGGCCGCUGUGCAAACUCAAGACAGAGCAGAAAGAUACACCCGGAAUGAGCUUCUGACAGCACUCCUUUACCGAUGUGCUGUAGCAGCAGCAGCAGCCACAUCGGAGUCGGGGGCUCAUGCUCCAUCAGUUUUGUUCAACCUUGUUAAUAUGCGGAAAGUAAUGGAUCCGCCUCUGCCAACAACAGCUGUAGGAAACAUUGUAUCAACAAUUCAUAUCCCAACAACAACGGAGAGCGAGACAAGCCUCAAUCAGUUAGUUCAGAGAAUGAGAAAAGCGAAAAUGCAGCUUAAAGGAACAAAAAAUUCCAGCGGAUUUCAACUCGUCCCACCAUUAUUGAACCAGUACAUGAAAAGUAAUCACAGAGUUGUUUUUAUUACCAGUAUGUGUAAUUUCCCCAUAUAUCAGGAGAUGGAUUUCGGGUGGGGAAGGCCAACUAAGGUCACCCUUGUGGACACGCCAUUCAUCGAUUGCAUUACUUUGAUGGAUACUUGGAAUGGAGAUGGUAUCAAGGCCGUUGUAAGUUUAGAACAGAAAAACAUGGAACAUUUUGUCAAUAACCCGAGCCUUCUUGCUUAUGCUUCUGUUUUAUAACCCGCGCGUCGAUCCAACGAGGUCAGGCAGAGCCCCCAUAAUUUCUGAAUAAGUGCCCUGGAUGAUUUAGCUUCUGCAUAGAAGCUAGUAUUCAGAUUUUAUCUCUUUGUUUGGAUUAUUGUUGUAUUCUAAAUAUUGUUUUGAUCAUAUAUAUGUUAGAGUUCCACCAGCACAUCAAUACUGUUUGAUCAAU